CAUACUGGUUAGAAGUGAAAGUAAAGGAAGCGCUUAAGACGCCGUUCAUCCACGACCUGCUGUUCAUAACAGCUUAGCGUUCAUGUAAACUAAUGUAAAUGACUGUAUGUCAGAGUCUCCCGCUGCCUCAGACUCUGACUCGUGAUGCUGCGCUGGAUUCUAACGCUCUUCGUCGCCCUGACUACCCUCCCCUCAGUGACUGAUGCUGUGACGGUGCAGCUUGGACACAGCGCCACCGUCUCUUGUCAUGUGAACUGUUCUACAGUCACCUGGUGGAGUAAAGGCAUAGUUUUUCAGAUUUUUCAGAUUUUUGAGUUUUCUGAAGGGAAAUGCACUGUAGUUCCAGAAUUUAGGGACAGGAUUGAAUGUUCUGAAGAGAAGAUCAGAGGAGGAGACGUGUCCCUCACUAUAACAUCUGUAAUGUACAAUGACCGAGGCUGGUACUACUGCUCUUGUGAUGGAAAGGACCAGUGUGAUAGGAGGAUUGAAGUUCUAGUUCCUACCUCCUUAAGAACCUCUUUUGGAGGUAAGGCUACGCUCCCUUGCUACGCUGAAACAGACAAACGGACGGUGGACUCCUCUGUCUACAUGCUGUGGGAAAAAGAGGGACAGCAGGUGUUGAAGCUCGAGAAUGGAAAGAUGUCAUAUGGCUCUGGAUUUGAGCAGAGGGCCACAGUGUCAGCAGAAAGCUACAAGAAGGGUGACCUCUCUCUGACCAUCGAUCGUGUCAGAUUCUCUGAUUCUGGCUUAUACAGAUGCUCCCUUAAGGAUGGAGAGCACGGAUACCCUGAUGCCACCACUCUGACUGUUGAAGCUCAUCAGUAUGGUCAUCAUAAAAAGGCGGCUGACUCUGUCCUGCUGGAUCUAGUGGUCCUACCACCGGUGAUGGUAUAUUUUAAGGAAGGUGAAGCCACUGCCGACUCCUGGAUGUGUACCAUGUUGAGAGACACCUUUCACUGUAAGCCAGGCUAUGAGCAGAGGGCCGCUAUCAUGAAUAACUCUCUCAUGCUUAGUAAACUGUCAGGGGCUGACAGUGGAACAUACAAAGUGAAGGACGUCCGAUCUGGAGAAGUGGUUGCCAUUCACAAACUUGCAGUUAUUGAUUUGCCGUCCCAGAAGAUUCCAUGGGUGGCUGCCUCCAUAUUUUGUGUGAUAAUCGUGAUACUUCUCGGAGCAGUAAUCUUCUUUGUUUGUCGGCAAAAGCGGCAGCAGCAGGCAGAGCAAAGAAAACAGCUGGAGGAAAAAGCGAAUUAUGUGACCGAACAAGAAGAACUUUUACAGCUUUCCAUUCAGCAAACUGAGAGCAGUGUUAGAUCCCCACAUCCAUGGGCUCAGAGCAAACCAGUCAACAGCCUGCCAGCAUUAGAGGAUAGUCCAGAUGAAGACUCCUGUCCCAACCAGGUUAAUGACCUUGAUAGAGAUACACAUUGCUAAAGCUACAGCUGUCCCUAUUUACUCCCUUUCCCACACAGUCUAAGGUUAGGCAAAGCCUGGAAGGCCACAAGGCUGCUGUAGCUAACAAGCAAUGAAGCUAAAAUGCCCACAAAUGGAAGCCUAAAUUAUAAUACACAUGCAUUAAAACGCAUCUACUUGUAAGAAAAUACAGAUAAGCAUGUUUGUGUGGUUUUCAAGUCAUAACCAUGCAGUGAUGACAAAUAGAUAGCAGCUAACGGCUAACAGUUCAGCCCCACGACAACACUUUUUGUUUAAAAAAUUUUUAUUUUCUAGUUUGGUUUUUUAAUUUCACACAUAUUAAUAUCUUUAAUAUACUGUUUUUGUUGGUUUGGGUGUUUUAAAUAGUAUUAAUCUGUUAGCUUGCUAGCUUGAGAUAAGCUAAUUUUGUCCAACUUGCAGUUACAUUUCAGCGUUACACUACGUUUCUAUUUUACACAUCCACUCUAACUGGUCUUAUUUUGAGCCUACUUUAUGUAAUGGCAGUCUUUGUCUUUGUCAGAAUAAUUGCUGUCAACCUCUUUUAAUACUGAAUGUAGUUGCAAACCUGUAUGUCCAAAUUUCGACCCCAAGAUAGUGUCGGUAACACAAGUGAACAAUGUACAGUGUGCAAAAAAUAUCAAAUCACAAGCUAGUGUAUACACCAGUCCAAAAUGCUAGGAUAGAAUGCUAAGCUAAUGAUAGUCCAAAAUGCUAAGCUACGGUAACAGUGACUUAAAAGAGAUUGAGCUAGCACAGAAAUAUUGGGACCAAAAUACUUCCAACAUUAGUGAGGCCUUGACCUUGGGCCAGAAUAACUUGUACAAAAUAAGCUCAAACUGCCUCUUGCCAAUAUACUGCAUUAAUAGGAUACUCUGUUGUGCUUACAUUAGAUUAUUUUAAGUCGUGGGUAUCACACAAUGCAGACAACGUGAACCAGACAAAGCAGUAAAAACACUGUGAGCUGGACCAGUAAUUCACACUAUAGUGCAGCACAGCUCAAAUAUCGUCAUUAAGAGAUGAUUUCAGUACCUGGUCAAACUCCUAUUUUUGAAUCAGUGUCAGUUUUGCAUAGGCAGUGAAUGGAAGCACAAAGCUGUAAAACUGUCAAUGAAUUCAUCCUCUAUUAACGCUACAAAAUAGCACACAGUUCCCAAAUUAGUAUUGGUGACAAGCCAUUUCAGCUUUACUUUAAUUCUGAAUUAUUUUUUAUUAUUAUUAUUUUUGCUGUUACAGCAUUUAAUUAAAGCAUUUCCACCAAACAAACUGAGCUAAUGGGCUAAUUUGAACGUCUGGCAGCUGGGGGCAGUCAUGGGCUGGAUGUUAGGGAACCAGCCUGGUGACCGGAAGGUUGCCAGUUCAAUCCCCAGAGCUGAGAGCACAUG